AUGGGACUUGUUGACCCGGCUACCGAGUAAGUUGCAUCGCGUGUAUGUCGCUCUGCCGGUCCCCCACCCCACCACCACUCGUCGCCCGCGAGCACGCUCACGACCGGGCGACACUCUCAGUGACCGCGGAGCCAGAGCUGACCCUAUGAUGGGUGUGUAACCUCCCAGAUCGGCAGUGAACAAGAUCAUCGAGCCGACUGAUCGAAUCAGGGCAUGCACGACCGUCAAUGAAGCCGCUCGAGACGCCAAGGGGAACGUUAACCCGGCUGGGAAGCGCUCGAGGGGGUACCUCGCCGUGAUUGUCAAUUCGAGGAGCGAGGUCGACCAAGCUCUGUGCGUGUGCGAAAUCUUCUGAAGCGCAAUCGGUCUCGAAGAGUGCGACUGAUGGGUAGUGUUGCGACCCGCACAGACUCGUGCUCUUUCAUAGGCCGGCGACACCUUCCAUCACGGCGCUCGUGCCGCUCUACUCGGACUUUCAGCUCUCGAUAUCCCAAACCAACGCUUCCUCCUCCUCGAUGAUCGCAUUGGACUCCAGUACCCCUGUCAAACCCGGCGACUCCCUCCGAGCACGGUUCAUCAUCACCUUGUCCUCCCCCAGUUCCGAUACGCCGAUCGUGCUUCUCGAAGAUGAAAUCUCUUACCUCUCCGAGAUCAUCGCCGAGAUCAAACGUCUACACGCGCUCGCGAUCCAGCAUUCCUUCACCUACGAAUCCAACACCUCCCAUGAAUGGGUCGACAAUUACGUCCUAACCCCUGCGAAUUCGACCGCACCUUCGUUGGACAGCCAGACUUUGGCCAAAUUCGAUUCUCUCGCUGAGGCCUAUUCGGAGCGAGGCAGGCAGGCGAGUUUGCUCCCCGUAACGGGCGCGGCGACGUGGGGGAAUGAUGACGAGUCCGAGAGGGUGAGGGAAGAAUUGGUCCGGGAACAGAGGGCGAGAUGGAUUGUCGAGCAGUUGAAGGAACGGGAGGACGAGUUUACGCUCAAGGAAAAUAUCAAGUAGGGCCACCCAGACUAGAUUCGCAGUGAGCAUGCCGGACUGAUCCGCACUUUCUGGAGCGUAGGGUCUUUUGCUCGACCUACAACAUCAACGAUAAGAUGCCCAAACCGGAAGACGACCUCUCACCUUGGAUAGGGGAUGUGGGCAACGCCGAGUUGUUGGUCAUUGGGUUUCAAGAGUUUGAUCUGUCGACCGAGGCCCUGUGGAGGUACACGCCGACGAGGGAGGAUGCGUGGAGGACCGAGUUGAUGAAGGGGUUGGGCGAACAGGCCAAGGAUUAUGUCAAGGUGAGCUUCAGAGCAAUCUAGAGUUGAGCUGGUCCGAGCUGAUGUUUUCCCUCUCGCACGUGGUAGAUCUGUUCACGACAACUCGUCGGCGUGCUCUUGAUCAUCUUCGCUCGAAAAGACUGCUCGCAAUACGUCAGCAAGAUCUCGGCCAGCCACUUGGCGACAGGGAUCAUGGGUCUCGUAGCGAACAAAGGCGCCGUCUCGAUCCGUCUCAAGUACAAAGACACUUGGUUGACAAUCGUCAACUCGCACCUCGCCGCAUUCGCGGGUCAAGUGCUUGCGAGGAACCAGAUGGUCAAGGAUACCGAAAAGUUUUUGGUCUUUACUGAGGGAACUACCGUCAAAGGGUUGCCCGUCGAUCCUUGGGUACCGAAUUUGAGACCCGAGGUAGAGAAGACGAGUGCGAGCGCGACGGUAUUUGAUUCGCAUCAUUUGGUGUGGAUGGGGGAUUUGAAUGUGAGUCGCACCUAGAGUUGUAGCAGUUUCGGCUGAUACUGAGCCGAGCGGCGUCUCCUUGUUUGCACAGUACCGAGUCGAGCUCCCGCGAGCGGAUGUGCUCCGCAUGACCGAAGCUAAAGAAUGGGACAUGCUUCUCCGAUUCGACCAACUCAAGAUCCAACAAACGCACAAGCUCGCCUUUGCCGAAUUCGUCGAAGCGCCCAUCACUUUCCCCCCGACGUUCAAGUUCGACAUCGGGACUUCGACCUACGAUACGAGUGAGAAGCAACGUACGCCUUCUUGGACGGAUCGGAUUAUGUGGUUAUCGAUUAAGGAUGAAGGGGUUAAAUGCUUGGAAUACAAGAGCUGUCCAGAGGUGAAGAUGAGUGAUCAUAAGCCCGUGACGGCGAUGUUGCAAGUCGAAGUGUCAACAGUCGUCAAGGAGAAGAGGAUGAGGGUGCAGCACGAGGUCAUGACCGAGCGUGAGUUCAAGUCGCAAGCUGCCAGUUCAAGACUUAAGCUCCAUUGUACUGAGACACCAAACUUGAUUGUCACAGUGGAUCAGUACGACAACGAUGCUUUGCCCGAUGUCAAGCUCAUCCCCGGACCGUCAAUCCAAUUCGAUCGAGCGAUCCGGUACCUCAUCCCUCAAACGCAAACGGUCGAGAUCGAGAACGUCGGUUCCGUCGUUGCGCAAUGGUUCUUCACCCUCAAGCCUGGCGCCACGACGAUUGCCCCUCCCUGGUUGUCGAUCUCGCCCAGUUCGGGAUUGCUGUUGCCUGGUGAACGAGCAACGGUCUCAUUUACUAUCCGCGUCGACAAUCUGACUGCCCCGGCCCUGAACUUUGGCCCUCGAGACGAGCUCAACGACCUCUUGAUCCUUUCGAUCGAGAAGAAGGACCUCUUCCUCUCCGUCGCGGCAAGGGAGUACUUCCCGACCUGCUUCGCCUGCCCUUUGGAACGUCUGGCCCGUUUCAGCGAAGGGAUCCGUACUUAUUCGACCGCGCAACUCAAAGCGAUCGCCGCCCACGACAGUGCGCCCUUUGCCGAAGACCGAGCCAAGAUCCCUCGUCCCGCCGGAAGGAUGUUGGACUUCCUCGCCGAAUACGCCCUCCAUGUCGACGAGAUCUUCCUGGUCCCUGGCGAUCCGGAAUUGGUGAGGGAGAUCAGGGAAUCGUUGGAUGAAGGGGAUGGGUUCCCUUUGGAAAAAUUGUUCCCGAUGUUGGAGACGGUCGUUUCGGGGACGGCGUCGAUGAUGGAUGCGGGGAUGAUUCCGGACAACAUUCAUUCGACUGGGGGGCAGGAGUUGGGGAAUGGGUUGGCGUUGCAGGAGAUUGAGGAAGGGGACGAAGAGGCUUCGGAGGAAACGUCGACGCUGAGAUUCAAUACGUCACCUUUUGCGAACUCGACAGCUUUGGAUCCGGGGACACCGAGGACACUUGCGCUGGUGCAAGACGUUGGACCGGAGGAGGUCGUCGCUGACGAUCGCUCGUCAGAGGAAGAGGAGGAGGAAGAGAAGGGGGAGGCAGACGAUGAGGUCCAAGAACCGGUCGAGACCGACAUGGAAGCCGACAUUGGAGCGCUUUCACUCUCCCCUUCAAUACCCUCCCGAUUACCAGCACCCAAGAAACCGAACGCUACGGCCCCGCCGAUCGUCCACGCGAAAAUCAAGGACGAUCCCCGCCGCGCCAGCGUCGCCCCCUUAUCCCAGACCCUUCGAGCCAAGGCGUCGGAUUUGGGUGUGUUAAGUAUGGGGGAUUGUUUCUUGAGGUGGUGCGAGGCAUUGCCGGACCCUAUCGUGCCUUUUGGGCUGUAUGAGGAUGCGGUCAAGGCGGAGAGGAGAGAGGAUGCGUAUGCUCUGGUCGAGAGGAUGCCGAUGAUUGUGAGUGCUUCCGCUGGUCCGAACGAUUUGUGACCCAUUGUAACCGACUCUGCUCUUGUUGCGGGGGAUCACUCAAACAGCACUCGAGUACGUUGUUGUACAUCAUCGCAUUUCUGAGGGUCUUGGUACAGCAAUCGACGGAGGAGUCGGAGAGGGAAGCAAGGUUGGAUCGAUUAGGUACGUUCUUUCGGACGUGUCAUCGACGCCUCCUGAACUGAGCUCGCCAGAUAUUCGAAUCGUUCUUCCCGAAUAGCCGUGGUGUUUUCCACCGUACUGCUAAGACCUGAUGCGACAGCUCCAAGCUCACCGGCAUUGUCCACAAUCCCCCUCGAAGCGAUCCCGAGGAGGAGGAAACAGUUCGUCUUGUCGUUGUUGCAGGGGGAAGGUUUCGAGUCGUUGAUGGGGACCAAGAAGGCGGGGUUCGAUGACGUGAGACUUUAG